AUGCAGUGGGGUCACGCAUUCGUUUUGCUCGUUUCAUCGACCGCCUUUUCCGUCGUUUCCGCUGAUUGGCGCACCUACGGAAAGAUUUGGAGCAAGGACCAUGGAGGCGAGGCGAACCCGGACUUCCGAGGCUACUACAAAAUUGUAAGCCCUGUUUUUUGAGGGGCAUUGUAACAAUGAACUUACAGGGGAAGUACUCCAAGUGCGACGCUCAGAUUUUGAUGAAACUUGGCACAAAUAUAGAAUAUUUUUUUCUAAGGUAUAUGCGAGAAUCCUAGCUCGCGCUUUGCGGAAACAACCGAGAUUUUUAGAUCGAAAGUCGGCGAAAAUUUAGGACUUUUUGUUGAAUUUCGACACGAAAAGUUUCAUGCCUAUUUCUACCGUAAAGGAUAAUGUUUCCACAAAAAAUCAAAUUUUUCCGCACGAAACUGCCAAAGUUAUGGUCAAAAAGGGCUUUUCUCUCUGACCGCUCUCCACGUUUAGCGUGCUCUCUCCGCGGAAAAAAUGGUUCUAUAUCUCGGUGGCGCUUGCAAAGCGCGAGCUAAAACUUUCAGGAAUUGAUAUUUGGUUGAUGUCCGACGUGUGUGCGAAAUUUAAAGAAAAUCUGAGCGUCGCACUUGGGGUACUUCCCGUGUCAAUCGGGACCAAUGCGCUAACUGGAAGUUUGCUGAAAAUCACAGGGCGCAGCUCGAGAACAGGCUAAAAGUGAGCUCGGGCAAGCUACAAAGGCUUGUUUUCCGAACUGCCCGAGCUGCGCCCGUGCUAGUUUUCCGCGCUGCGCCCUACCAUGUUCAGCGAACUUUCAGCAAACUUUCAGAUAGCGCGUUCGCCCCAGGACUUUUAUGUCCGCUGAGGCUUUAAAAUAUUCCAAAAAAGGUAAAAACAUUUAAUUUGCCCUCAAAAUUGCAUUAUUGCAUUUUUUUUGACAAUUUCAGGUCGAAAUAUUUUUGCCAUUUUUUUUCUGCAGCCUGCGGGAAAAAAGAAAAAUUUUUUAAAGCUAACAAAAGAAAUACCUCCAGUAUGUUUUCAGAACGUUUUCAUCGAACCGGACCAGUUCCUCGCUUCGUGUGGCAAGACCAAGGCUGAUGCAAAAGGAAGAUACGAUAUCACCUGCACCCCACUAAUCAUUCCAUUUACUGAUCCGGGAAAGCUGGUUAAAGUGUAGGGGCUUUCAAGUAUUAUAUUUUGCACCUACGCUUUUGGCAAUACUUUUUUUGAUUUUUUUACAAAAAAAAUAAUUUUUCCAACCUGCGCCCGAGCCUAUUAAGCUGCAACUGUAUUUGAAAUAGCGAUUGCGUUUUUUUUGCAUUCUCGUAAAAGGAAACUCACACAAAAAAAAGAAUUUUGUAACCAAAUCUAUAAGAUUUUUUUUAUUUCUUGCAAUUUCAGAUGUCACCGAGUCUACGGAAGGUGUCUUUGUCAGAAAUUCGGCCCAGUGAAACGUGGAAAUCCCGUCAAUUUUGAGAUCAGCAACACUGGAAGCAAAUCCAAACUCCUUUGUUCCAAGGAGAAGUACCCGGAAUGA